AUGGUGUGGAACGUCAGUGGCCUCAUGAGAACAUGCAGAUUUCUUCUCUUAGUGAUUUUGUUUCUGCCAUGUGAGGUUACAACUUCUGUUUUAACUGUGAAUAAUAGCACUGAGAACUAUAUCCUGGACACUGAGCCUGGCUCCCAAGAAUCUCUGAAAUGUGCUGUUCAUAACCACACCAGAGAGGAAGAACUUCUCUGGUACCGAGAAGAGGGGACAGUGGAUUUGAAAUCUGGAAACAAAAUCAACUCCAGUACGGUCUGUGUUUCUUCCAUCACUGAAAACGACAACGGAGUCACCUUUACCUGCAAGCUACAGAAGGACCAGUCGGUGUCCGUUUCAGUGGUGCUGAAUGUCACUUUUCCUCCUAUUCUAAGUGGAGAUGACUUCCAAACAGCGGAGGAAGGCAGUGAUGUGAGGCUGGUUUGCAGCGUGAAAUCCAACCCCCAGGCUCAAAUGAUGUGGUACAAAAACAGUAACAUCCUGAUUUUAGAGAAAAAUUACCAAGUCCAUCAGACAAGUGAGUCUCUCCAACUGUCAAUCACCAAAGUCAAGAAAUCUGACAAUGGAACCUUCAGCUGUGUUGCAAAUUCAUCUGUGCGAAUGGAGACCAAGGACUUCCACCUCAUUGUCAAAGAUAGAACUGUGACUAUGCCAAUAGAACCCAUUAUUGCUGCGUGUAUUGUGGUCUUUCUGACGCUGUGCUUUGGACUCAUUGCUAGAAGAAAAAGAAUAAUGAAGCUGUGCAUGAAGGAUGAAGGUCCUCAAAGAGACACGGCUCUGUAA